UACAAAUCGUGGUUCGUCCGAUCAUUUCGAAUUAGCACGCUGUCGGUGCGAUUCGUGCAGAUUUUUCAUAAUUGUAUUUACGACAUGAGUUCAGAUUGUAUUUUAAGGUUAUUUUGUUUAAUACGUUUAUUUCAUACUGAUUUGGUUUACUAGUAGUUCAGUUAACGUAACAAGUGAUUAUCACAGUUAACGAUCAAAAAUAUUAAGGAUAUAAACCUAACACCAUCAUGUUCGUUCCUUUACUUGUAUUCGUGUCGUUGACGGAUGUUUUCGGUUAUUAUUUAGCUGAUUUGACUAUACCACAAAACCCGCACGAACAGUCGGAAUACAUUUACGAAAAGUGUUUGUCGAUGAACAAAAUUAUCUACGAAGACCGUUGUUGGGACUUGUUGACUAAAGGACCGUGCGAUGAGGGACAAUGGUUGGUAUUGGAAAAAAUKUCGGACAACAUCCAACCGCAGGAUGCGCGUCCGCUGAAGGCUAAGUGCACGAGACGCCGAUGCAGCGAGUCGGACGUGUACUGGCCACAGGACGGGUUUUGCCACGACGAGGAAGCAGCUCGGCGUAAUCGGCUGUGCGCCAGCUCAGACACCGUGUUGGCCACCGAUGAGUAUGGCGAUGGAUACUGCAAGUGUCAAGACGGUGGUAAAGUCCCUUACGUGCAAGUCAUCUCGGCUGCAGACCACGGCAUUGACCAACACUCACAAUCGUGCUAUCCUGUGUACUCUAAGGGUCCGUGUCCCAGGAAUCACGUGAUAAUUCCCUACGGCACCAGGCACGGAAUCUGCACCGUGGACGAAUGCGUCGAGGAACAGCGCCGCCUGACCGAUUCGUCAUCACCGUUGACGCAACAGUCACAUUCGCAGCAUCAGCGACAGCAGCCGAUUUCCCUCGCCCGGUGGACUGAUGGACAGUGUUACGAGCUUGGCACUCGGGGCCCGUGCGCAGGCCACGAGCAGUUCGUAGUACCACGUGCCACGAUGCGGCCAGAUUGUGUCAGGUUGUCCAUCGAGCUAACAAUAUUACCCAAGACCACAGACCGUCCGGGGUGCAAAACCGACCACUGGGGGAAUUGCGAUGCAGGGGUGGAAGUGUCGACGACACCGCAUGAAUUAAAAGACGCUUUGCUUAARAAUGCCAAAAAGUACAGUCAAAGGGCGCAAAUAAGGCGACCUAGCCUGCCCGAGGUUCGUCGUUAUUUGUUGAACCGGUAACGGCGGUAACCAUCGUUUAGGUACAUGCCCAUAUGUGGCCUAUAAACACUAUUUAUUUAGCCAAGCGAGCUGUAAGUAUUUAUAAGAUUUUCAMAAGUGGUAGGAGGGAUUCAGAAAUUAAACGUUACGAUGGCCGUUGUGUAAAAAAGUGUUUUUUACUAGGUAUAUUAUACGACAAAAAAAGAAUUUUAAUUUUAAUUUUAAAAUUAAUUCACGCACCUGACCUAACCAUACACACUAGGUACAGUAUAAUACAAUAUGUUAUGGCAAAGAAGACAUUAAAUAAGGGGCAGUGGGGCCUCUGUUCCAGGUCUCACGCAUCAUUUUUAUGAGAUUUUGAGUGUUAUAUAAAUAAUAUUUAUACUCCGAGACUUAACCUAAAACAAUUGCCCUAGGUCUCAUCGCUCCACCUUUGKGAUAUCCUAUUCCUCGUAAAAAUAAUAGUUUAUAGUUCUACACUAUUAUCAGUGUCCAUCUAGCUAACGUCCAUGUCCAAUGGCCGUCACGGUAACCAGGCGACGUUGCUUGCUGUUGGUAAACAGUUGUGACACGGGAGCACCAAUAACAUUAAAAUAAACCUAUUUUACAAAAUAUGCUAUAACUUAUUAACUUAUAUUAUUUAUUUUUACUUUUCAAUGUUUUAUGACUUGAGUUUUGUCACUAAUAUUGCACGUUUCACUUUUUUCUUUGUUUUAACCUACCGCUCAAACUGGCCGUAACACGAUUGCGGACUUUGUACCUUUUUACCUGAAAAAAACAUAACACGAUUGCGGACUUUUUACCUUUUAAUAUUUGAGAAAAAACAACACGAUUGCGCACCUUAUAAAUAUYUUACYUUUGAGCAAACACAAAUAUUUAAAUAAUUUGAAAUAAAUGGUUAUAGUUUAAGAAACCCACCUAUAAAUAGUAUAGUAUACGUAUACACAAUUGCUACGGCCAGUGGAUACUAUUAUUAUAUGGCGUCUAAUAAUAUUUUAUUACUCUAAUAACCGAUAAUAACUGAUAAGUGUUAGUGGCUGUGCUUUUUCAACGUAUAUUACGUAAUUAUUAUUAUUGUCAUCGUUAUGAGUACAUCUUAAUUCUUUAUUUUUUUAAAUAA